CUAGAUUAGAAGCUAUAAGGUUACUAUGUGCCUUUGCUGCGUCUAAGGGUUUCAAAUUGUACCAAAUGGAUGCAAAGAGUGCAUUUUUAAAUGGUGAUAUAAAAGAGGAAGUCUACGUGUCUCAACCGCCUGGGUUUGAAGACUACGAAUUUCCAGAUCAUGUCUAUAAGCUCAACAAGGCUUUAUAUGGACUUAAACAAGCUCCUAGAGCCUGGUAUGAAAAAUUAAGUCAAUUCUUGUUAUACAAGGGAUUCCAUAGAGGAGCAGUUGACAAACCUUAUUCAUUAAAAAUGAAAACUCUCACACCUUGUUAGUUCAAGUUUAUGUGGAUGAUAUAAUCUUUGGUUCCACUAACACUGCUCUUUGUAAAGAAUUUGAAAAUGAUAUGAAGAGUGAUUUUGAAAUGAGUCUCAUGGGGGAACUUAACUACUUCCUAGGGCUGCAAGUUAAACAAACCAAGAAGGGAACCUUCAUAAGUCAGACCAAAUAUCUUCUUAACAUACUCAAAAAGUUCAAACUUCAAAACGUAAAACUGCCUUAACUCCAAUGGGUUCAACAGUAAAAUUAACAACAGAUGAUUCUGGAAUCCUUGUUGAUGAAAGAAUGUAUCAUGGGAUGAUAGGGUCUUUGUUAUAUCUGACUGCUAGUCGCCCAGAUAUAAUGUACAGUGUAUGUGUCUGUGCAAGGUUUCAAGGGUGUCCUAAAAUGAGUCAUCUAUCUGCAAUCAAGAGGAUUAUCCGAUAUCUGAGUGGUACCUCUCACUUAGGUUUAUGGUAUUCGUGUGAUUCUAGUUUGGAACUCGUGAGUCACAGUGAUUCAGACUAUGCUGGAUGCACUGUUGAUAGAAAAAGUACAUCAGGUAAUUGCCAUUUCCUAGGAUCCUCUCUGAUUUCUUGGGCAAGUAAAAAACAGAGUUCAGUAGCACUAUCAACUGCUGAGGCAGAAUAUGUUGCUGCUAGACUCAGUUGUACUCAACUCUUAUGGUUGAAAUAUCAGCUUCAAGACUACGGUCUAGUAGUUGGUACUCUACCUAUUCUGUGUGACAACACAAGUGCAAUCAACAUGACCAAAAAUCCUAUCCAACAUUCUCGGACCAAGCACAUUGAAGUCCGAUAUCACUUUAUUCGUGACUUGGUCCAAUAAGGAAAGAUAUGUCUAGAAUUCAUUGACACUGAUAUGAAGUGGGCUGACAUCUUCACCAAACCUCUUGGGGCGGACAAAUUUCUCCCUAUUCGCCUUGAACUUGGGUUGUUCUCUCUUCACGAGAUUGAAUCUUUAUGAUUCUAAGGAUAUAAACUUUCCUUACUUCCAUAUCGAUUGAUUACUUGAUUAAUUCAAGCAUUCAUUGCACCUUACCUUAUUCCUCCUUCUCGAAACUUUACUAGGGUUCGGACUCACUUUAUAUUGCCACUCCGCUAGGCUUUGAUCUUCUUCCAUUAAGCCCACUCACACCUAAAAUAUUCGCUUCAUCCAUCAACAAACAAAUGGGCUACAAAAAUGCUCAACUGCAUCCUGCUGCAGUCUUUAGCAACAAAGGGUUCAGCAGCCCUGCAACUUAUUCUCGAUACCUUCGCAGGUUCCGAGAUCGUUCCAUCUACCCUUCUUUCACAACCGCUGUGUUCAAUUAUGACAUCACACUUACUCCUGCUCUCUUGGCAAACCUUCUCAAUCUUCCCCGCACUGGUCUUCGGGCAGGCACAGAUAGUGAGUUUGCCUCUCGAGGUUUCUGAUUUGAUGCUGCUCUUGCACACUAUACGCGUGACAUCGGGGAAUUCUUUCCUUCUCCGCUUGCGGCUGGUCGUCUACCAGAUGACUUGAAGGUGCUCCACUUCUUCAUCACUCGGAAUUUUCUACCUCGUGAUCUCUCUAUCACUGAUCUCCUUCACUCUGUUGAUUUAUGGAUCCUAUCUAAUGCUAAAGAGGGUCGUCUAAUCAGCUACGCCUCACUCAUGUUCACCCACCUGAUUAAGUUUGGCCUGGAGUACUACCGUGGUCCCCUGCCUUUUGGGUCCCAGAUCACCAAACUUCUUUAUAAGUUGGGAAUUGAUUUGCGUGAUAAGGUAACGCUCUGUAAUGUCCUGGAUGAUCUUAAGCCCCAACAUGUUCUAGCCUAACUCAAUGUCGAGGUUGGCCCCCGUAAGCCUGUCACUGUCUCAGGGGGAGUUACAACAAGUCUUGCGUCUUAUGCAUCUGGGAGACUUGUAGGUGCUCUUGUUGAUGCAGCUGUGUGAGUCAUCAAACGAGAAUCUUGAAGUGCAGGCGAUCAGUCCACUGCUCUGAAUCGGCUGAGGCAACAAGACCUAAUGUGGCCCAAAUUUGUGUAGAGUCAAGAGCAGUAAAUGACUCAAUUAGUUCUGACUCCGAGUAAGAAGAAGAUGAUAGAAUUUCUGAGUACGAAUCUCCACCAGAAUAUCCCUUCUAGGUGUUAUGGGUAAUAAGCACAGGGGGGGAUCUAGAGUCUGGGUAGUGGUCGAGUAUGUAGGAGUUGUCGUAAUAGGUGUGAAGUCUUGAACUAGUUAUGUUGAGUCCUCAAUGUGAUUGUCCUUCUUGUCUGAACAAUGAAUAAUAAGAUUCUCCUCCGUUUCUUUACUAUACAACCUUGCUUUUUAAAUAUUCCGAUUGGAACAGGCUGCACCAAUUGUGUGUUAAUGUGUGCAGGUAACCAAGUGAGCCAAUGACAAGCUUAGGGGGAGUUUGUUGAAGGAAUCUUGGUCAAUGGCAUCGAGAUUUCAAGCAAAGCAAGAAGGGCAAGCAAUCUUGGAAAUUCUGGAUCAUAAAAAAGGGAAGGUUCUGAUGCUGUGAUCAAUCAGAGUAAUCAAGGAAUACAAAUUGAUAUGCAAGCAACGGUCAACUGAAGCAAAUAAUAUAAAGCUGGGAUUCUGGGUAGAGAUAGAUCAUCUUUUUCAAGCAAAAUUCUCAACAAGAAAAACAGAGUGUUUUCAUAGUGUAGUUGAGAAAGAAAAAGAACAGAGUUGUCAGGGAGAGAAUUCAGGUUACUGAAUUGAGGUAUCAGGGUAGAGUAGUUGCAGGGAGCAAACUUUACAGUGAGAUUCUGAUCAAGUGACGGGGAGUCACUCUGAGAUCAAUCGGUGGUACUUUGUAAAACAAUCAAUGAUCAAUAGUGGAUCGUCGAAGGUCUUAAAUCCAUAGUUAGUAAAAUACGGUACAGGAAAGUUACGUAUAAAAUACGUACGGGUAUUAAACUUCGUCUUUUAGCUAAUGUUACGUUUAAUAGUACGUUCAUAGUCAUAAAUAUAUUAAAUUAAUUGUGUUAAUAAAUAAAUAAAUAAAUA